AUGGGGUCCGAGUACAAGGUGCACCGGCCGUAUGUGCUGGCAACCCUUCCGCGCCCAUUAGAUCACACCGACGGCAGGAUCGUUGCUCGAGAAGUCUACGGCCAACGAGACGGCCAGAAAAGAAAGAAACGAACAGAGUUGGUUGUCGGUAUCGACGGGGAGACCACCAGUAUUUAUGAUGUGCCGGCGUCGCGACUCAUCACCUCCUACCCGAUCCCGCCCCAAGAGUCCUUCACAUGCCCUCCAUACUCGAUCCGGGUUCGAAAUUCCAACAGUGCCGACAUUCUGCGAUACACCUUCAUAGCAACCAAAGAUGGUGCUUCCCAGAAGAUGACACUCUUCAAAGACGUCACCCAUCCCGACGGCAAGACUACUUCGACAAGUGCUUCGCAGACGCUGAAAACGUCGUCGAUCCGGUACAUCACCGGCUUCCCAACAACGUCCCCUACCUCUGUUGCAGGAGAAAUUGUGGCCGUGGCGCAGAAUGGAGAGUUCGUGUGCCUGUCUGGUGAAACACUGGCAGUUCAAUGGUCGGCCUUGUCGCGAUCAGCUGUCGAAGACGUUGUUGCAGGGAGCGUCAACGACUUUCAAGUGGAGCAUGUGUCGUCCGGAACUCUCUCCGAUUUUAGGGAGGGAAUGUUCAAAAGUCGGCUGGAAGUCUUCAGUGCCCUUCCCAGAGCGCUCGACUCCGACCCAUCUCUUCUUGCCCUGAUAACGACGAGCCACAGUCAGGGCCAGAUGAGUCGUCAUUUCGUUGUUCUGGCAGCCAUGUCCGGAACUUCUACUCCGGCGACAGGCUUGCAGAAGUUGAUUCCGCUCGAAGUCUGUCCUAUCCGGGCCGUUUCGACGGCCAGUGCCGAGGCACCUAGCUACCAGGUAGACAUUCAGUCGGGGCAGCUGCUCGAACUUGCCGCCGGAUUCAUCAACGUCUACGACCUCACCGGAGCGGUUCCCAAGCAAAGAUGUACGGUGCAGGUCGACGAUGCCGACUCCUUCAUCCGUCUCUCCAAGCCUUUCCUCUUGUCGACCUCAUCGCGCUCGUUGGGCUUGUACAACUAUCAGUACCAAUCCGUCCACGCCAAAUCGGCCUUGGACUUUUCCGAGCUGCCCCCAGAGAUUCAAGCGCCGCGAUCCUGCCAACUCAUUACCUACCUUCGCACCCAAGAUCUUGUCGUUGCGUUGGUGGACAAUGCCCUCGUAUCCGUUCACGUUGAGCCGCCGAAAUCGCACGGCAAGAGGCGGAAGGCAGGACUGUUGAUCGAUUCCGUCGGACGUGGCUCGUCGGCAGAGUUUCGGUCGAAGAAGCGGAAGACGGAAGGGUCGACAGAGUUCGCCCAAUACGUUCCCGGCACCAUGACGGAGUCAUACCUGGCCGAGUACCAUGCCGAUGUUGAGACGGCCAACGACAUGCUCGGCAAAAACGAAGUGCCCAAAUGGGAGGCACUCCUCUGCAAAAAGUUUGGCAUGUGCGUCCGCAAAGUGGCCGUGUUGACGAAUGGAACCGCAGAAAGCGUGCAGGCCGUCGAGGAUGCACACGAAGGCGCCGAAUGGGAGUGGCUGACGGAUGCGCCAUAUCCUUGCGUCGACCGUCGCUGGGUCACGUACGCCAUGGGGCAAGUGUUCUCGGUUGAACUGUCGGCUUCCGACAACGAACCUCGGCCUGCGUUGCGUCUCGUGCUUCCCGACAGCAACGUAACGACAUACCUCGUCGUCGCGGGACACGUGACCUUGUCCAACCUGAGGCUCGCCUUUAGAGAGGAGCUGAGCUCGGAGUUGGUGGGCGACAAGGCACUGGCUGGCGACGUCGUCCAGUGCCUCAUUGAGGCUGACCCGUCCAUGACCUUGCUCCUCAAUUACCUGCAAGCCACGAAGCUGGGUGAGGCCGAGUUGCUGCUUGCCAUUCGUCGAAUCAUGCUCAGCAUGGAUCUAAUCCCGGACACCAAGAAGUUCAACAGCAUCAAGGCCUCGACGACGGAAGCAAACGACGGAAACGACAAGUACGAUGUGGACCUCGACGACUUGGAGCGCGAAAUCGCCGUCACGGAGCACUAUCUCGGAGAUGAGUCGAGCAGCCGAUCACGGGGGCUCACUUUGGCCUUUUCCAAACUCUGGCGUCUACCUGCGGUAUCGACGGUCCAGGCGCUGCGGGCGACAAUUCGGACGGAAGACAUCCUAGCCUUCAUCUACUUGCUCCGACUCGAGCUGGUGCGCGGCGCAUGGACAUCCCUCUACAUCGACCCCAGCAGCUUCGAGGUGGAGGGGAGCGAUGCGCCCCCGGAUGGAGUCAUCGCGCUGAUCGCCGACUUGCUUGGACGCUGCUUGGACGCCGUCGGUGCCGGCGGCUGGUUGUUCAACGACGCCAUGUCCUGGGCGGACAAGGCGGAGGCCGGUGACUUCCUGACGGCGCUCAAGCUGGAGGUGACGGCGACGUUGGAGGGCAUCGAAGAAGCCGUGACGCUCAACGGCAUCGUCGGUGAAGCUGUCCGGUUCGGUCUUGCAUCGGAGGAGAGUUCGGCACGGCCGGCGUGGAACACCAACAGGCCCAUUCCGCUGCAGCUGGAGGGGCGGGAAUCUCGGAUGCUGCCCCUUGGCUUGAAGGCAAAGCAGCAACCCGCAAAGCAAAAGGUCGUUUCGGGAGGCGAGAUUGUUCAGCGGAGCAUGCGAGAGAUGGGCCACCUGAUCAGCCAGAAGGUGGAGGCCUACUCGCUCGAGAAGCUUGCGAUUUGA